UUUUUUUUCCCCGUCUCUUAAACCUAUAAAAGCUCUUCUGCGUCCAUAGACAAUCUUGGAGUUCCGAUCCUGCCAGAGCGAGCGAUUGAUCCUCGAAGAGAAAGAACAAGCUUCCGUCGAUCUUUACGCUGGAAAACGCUAAAACCGAAUCCUUGUUCUGUUUCUUGCGGAGAGAUGAACGGGGGAGCUUCUAGUUUCGAACAGUGUUACAGGUGUUACCCUGUCUCAUUCAUUGAGAAGGCACAUCUGGAGAAGGGCGACAAAAUUAUUAUGCCUCCCUCGGCUCUUGAUCGUCUUGCUUCUUUGCAUAUCGAAUACCCGAUGCUGUUUGAGCUGAGUAACAUUUCUGCAGAGAAAGUCACACACUGUGGUGUACUAGAAUUCAUUGCAGACGAAGGCCUCGUCUACUUGCCAUAUUGGAUGAUGCAAAACAUGCUUCUUCAAGAGGGAGAUCUUGUGCAAGUGAAAAGCGCCAGCUUGGUUAAGGGGACUUACAUCAAGCUUCAGCCCCACACCCAAGACUUCUUAGACAUCACUAAUCCAAAAGCCAUCUUGGAGACUGCGCUCAGGAGUUACUCUUGCUUAACCACGGGUGAUACAAUUAUGGUUCCUUAUAACAACAAAAAGUACUUCAUCGAUGUGGUCGAAACAAAACCUUCUUCAGCUGUUAGUAUUAUAGAAACGGAUUGUGAAGUCGAUUUUGCUCCUCCUCUUGAUUACAAAGAGCCCGAGAAACCGCAACAAAAGUCGGUAUCCGCGAGCAAACGGCCUCCUGAAGUUGAGGAAGAACUGCCGAGCAAAGUUCCGAAAUUCACACCAUUCACUGGAUCAGGAAGACGUCUAGAUGGAAAAUCUCCUGACACAGCUACCAAGCAACAGGACCAACCGUCUGAGAACGGGAAAGAAGAUACAAAUGCGUCGAGACCUGCACCAAGGCAGCGUUCAGGAAAGCUCGUCUUUGGAUCGAGCAGCAGUCCGGGUGUGAAAGAAACCGCCAAAUGUUUAUGCGGGUGGAUAAUGCAGGUUGAUCCAAAGAAUACCGCCCAAGAGACUGAAUCAAAAUCUGAAGAACCCAAGUUUCAAGUGUUCACGGGGAAGAAAUAUUCGCUGAAGGGUUAAAUAGACAAAAAGACCUUUUGGAGCAUGUCAGAAGCUGAGAACACUUGGGAACAUUCUCUGGCUUAGUCUUUUGGGCAUUCCCACGAAGAGCUUCCCUGAUUAUGUGUGGAUAUGUCCGAACUGGAAACGUAUAUCCACUCUUCAUCAACUGUUUUUAAUCUGUUACGGAAUCUCGGGAUCUUCAAACCGUCCUGUAUGGCUAAUGUUUUGGGAUGAAUAUGCACAGCUUAUAUGA